GUCAUGUGACGGUCACAUGAUCCUAUGCGGAAGAAGGGAUUUCAACAGUGACAACACAACACAGACGGGAGGAAAACGCUAAUAUUAACCUAUUAUACUUUCCAGUUGUAUCUAUAUCUCGCCUCCGAUCAGCCCAACAAUGGACGGAUCUGUCAGAACAGCUUCAGACGAAGGACCGCCGGCUUAUUACAGAGGCAAUGAAAGCUCCCUGGUUUCAGCCCUCAAGACACUGCUGUUCUUCACUAUCCUGAUGGUGACUCUGCCCAUCGGACUAUACUUCGCAACAAAGGCGUACGUCUUUGAGGGUUCCAUGAAGAUGUCAAGCUCUGACAGCUACUUCUAUGCUGCCAUUGUUGCAGUGCUCGCUGUGCAUGUGGUUUUGGCUUUGUUUGUUUAUGUGGCUUGGAACGAAGGGACGCCUAAAGGGAAGGGCAAACACGAUUAAGGCGUGUCCUUCUCAGCUCGUAAGACCGGAGAAGACCGACCGACACAGGCAUGGAUCUGUAGCUCCCCCCCCCACCACCUCCACCAUGGGCUCCAGUACUAAACACAGAACCAUCUACCAACCAGACAGUUAGGGGCUCUGGUUUGCGACUAGGCUUUAACACAAGGUUGAAGCAUUCUAUUAUUCCUUGGCAUGGGGGAGUGGACCUGCUUGGGUGUGUUUUAUCACCAGCCUCAGCAGGCCCGCUAUUUUACGUUUUGUUCUCUGAAAAUGUUACUUUGGUUGACAGAGGACGGCCCCUAUUUUCAAGAGGCUUUGUUAUAAGCUGCCAUUGCUAUACGUCGCUUCACAGUUGAGAUUUAUUUUGUCGUGGAGAAAAACAUCUUGGGUUUUGGAGGAAAUCACACACACACACACACACACACACACACACACUGUAUGUGCUUGUAAUGUGAAUGUAUGAAGGAUCUGAUUCUCUAAAAUGCUCGACAUCCAUUCUGUGAAGAUUUGCGCCGCUGACUUGAUCAUUCUGUCCUCAAAUUUCCGUUCUUCUGCAUUAAUUUAAAAAUGACUCGUGACUUCAAUAUAAACCAACAAUGUGCAGUAACCUUCAUGUUUUAUUUUGGAUCAAAAUGUUCAUAACGUCUUGUCCUCAAAAUAGUCAGACUCAUGUGUUUGUCCUUGUAAACAAGUGUUUUUCGUUCUGUCUUAAAGUGGGUUUUUUGUAGGUCAGUGAUAUUUUGGAACUUUGAAUAAGGAUAAUGAUUGCAAGAUCAAAUUGUAUUUAAAGAAAUGUUUUGUAUUGAAGAUGUUUCGUGAUUUGAGGAUGUUGUCAGUGAAGUCUGUGUGAUGCAGAUGAGGAUGUUGACUUGCUUAAAUAAACAUCAAAAACUGUAA